CUGAGGAGGGGAGUAUCGAUGUUCAUGCGUGGCUGUCGUCUGAUUUAUUGACGAAUCUCCUCAAUGACGUCGAUUUCAUGCAUGGCAAAUGGUAAAUCUAUUGCAGAACUCAAGGGAUCCGACCAGAGUCGUGAUCAGGCACUGUCUGGUCUGAAAGACGGAGACAUGACCAGCAAGAAACUCCUCUCUCCCUCUGUGUUACAUUCGGUUCCACAAUUCCUCAGAAACUCUCUGCGCAACGCUUGCAUCGAAGAAACCCAUCAUCGCCCAGAUUUUUCUUACGGUCCAGAUUUUUCUUACGAUCCAAAAAAGCCCUCGAUUUUAGCUACGAGUCUCAUCGGUUCUUACUUCGAGAGAGGUUUGGUCGGUGAAGCACGAUCACUGUUCGACGAAAUGCCUGAGAGAGACGUAGUUGCGUGGACAGCCAUGAUUACUGGUUACGCUUCUUGCAACUACAACGCUCGUGCUUGGGAAUGUUUCCGCGAGAUGAUGAGAAAGGAAACUCGCCCGAAUGAGUUCACAUUGUCCACUGUGCUCAAGGCUUGUAGAAGCAUGAAGGUUUUGUCCUAUGGUGCUUCGGUUCAUGGAUUGGUUUUGAAAUUUGGGAUGGAAGGUUCUCUGUACGUUGACAAUGCCUUAAUGGAUAUGUAUGCUACCUGUUCUGCAACCAUGGACCAGGCCUGUGCAGUUUUUCGCGGUAUUCACGUCAAAAACGACGUCAUUUGGACUACUCUGAUCACUGGGUUUACUCAUCGUGGUGAAGCCUACUGCGGUUUGAAGAUGUUUAAGCAAAUGUUACUGGAGGAUGAUGUAGCUGUGACACCUUACUGCUUGACGAUAGCGGUUAGAGCUUGCACUUCGAUUGGUUCUCUUGCAACGGGCAAGCAAAUUCAUUCGUCAGUGAUUAAACAUGGGUUUCAGUCUAACCUUCCGGUGAUGAAUUCUAUACUGGACAUGUAUUGCAGGUGUGGAUGUCUAUCAGAGACAAAUCAGUACUUCCAUGACAUGGAAGAGAGAAAUUUGAUCACAUGGAACACUCUAAUAGCUGCCCACGAGCGUUCAGACAGCAUUGAGGCUCUUCUGAUCUUUCUGCACCUCGAAUUGCUUGGACUUACCCCAAACUGCUAUACCUUCACCAGUGUAAUUGCCACCUGUGCUAACAUUGCAGCAUUGAAUUGUGGCCAGCAACUUCAUGGAAAGAUUUACCGAAAAGGGUUUCACCAGAAUGUCGCGUUAGCCAACGCUCUGAUCGAUAUGUACGCUAAAUGCGGCAACAUACCCGGCUCCCACAGGGUUUUCAGUGAAAUAACGGAGAGAAACCUUGUUUCUUGGACUUCGAUGAUGAUUGGGUAUGGAUCACACGGCUAUGGAGCUGAAGCCGUUGAUCUGUUCGACGAGAUGGUUAGCUCAGGCAUCAGACCUGACCGGAUUGUGUUCAUGGCAGUUUUGAGCGCUUGCAGCCACGCCGGUCUGGUAGACGAAGGGUUGAAGUACUUUAAACUGAUGAAAAGCAAGUAUGGCCUCAACCCAGAUCGGGAAAUCUACAACUGUGUGGUGGAUUUGCUGGGGAGAGCCGGGAGGGUAGACGAGGCAUACGAAAUCAUCGAGAACAUGCCCUUCAAACCCGACGAGUCCACAUGGGGGGCUCUUCUGGGGGCUUGUAAAGCACAUAAACGCACGGACCUGGGCAUCUUAGCUGCAAAAAAGGUUCAAGAGCUGAAACCAAGAAUGGUGGGGACAUAUGUGAUGCUUUCGUACAUAUACGCGGCAGAGGGGAAGUGGGGCGAGUUUGCGAGGGUGAGAAAGGUAAUGAGGACGAUCGGGAACAAGAAAGAAGCUGGGAGGAGUUGGAUCGAGGUGAAAAAUCGGGUCUUUAGCUUCGUUGUGAGCGAUAAAACAUGCCCUCGUUUGGAUUCGGUGUACUCAGUCUUGGGUUUACUGAUUCUUGACAUUAGAGAAGCCGGGUAUGUUCCUGACUUGCAUUGCCUGAAACAUGAUCAAGAAACUCGAACAUGAACAUCGACGUGAAGAUGAUCCAUAUGCUUCAUGAUCGAGAGUGCUUUUCACGGUACUUUUAAUGUUCAAGCAAGGAGAAUACCGAUUCUUCAGGGGUUACGGGUUUUCAAGCCAUUGCUCGGGCGAAUGUAUCAGUUCUUUUUCGUGCGGAAUGUAUCUCAUUCAUAUUAUUUUCGCAAUAAAAAAUAAUAUUAUUCGACUA